GGCUUAACAGCGCUGCGUCGUCUUCUAGUUUUAUUUCGCUAAAAUCAUUGAGACGAUUUCGAGAUCCAACAUAUUCUGCUCAUCUCUCAGCUUGUAGAGAAUUUGCCAACUAUGGGAGACGCUAGGGACAACGAAGCCUACGAGGAGGAGCUCCUGGACUAUGAGGAAGAGGAUGAGAAGGUCUUAGAUUCUGGAAAUAAAGUUAACGGCGAUGCCGUGAAGAAAGGUUACGUGGGAAUACAUAGUUCUGGAUUCAGAGACUUCCUUUUGAAACCGGAGCUUCUCCGAGCUAUUGUUGACUCUGGAUUUGAGCAUCCAUCUGAAGUGCAACAUGAAUGUAUCCCUCAAGCUAUCUUGGGCAUGGAUGUUAUCUGCCAAGCAAAAUCUGGUAUGGGGAAGACUGCUGUAUUUGUGCUGUCUACUCUGCAACAGAUCGAGCCUUCUCCUGGCCAGGUGUCUGCACUAAUCUUGUGCCAUACAAGGGAGUUAGCUUACCAGAUCUGCAAUGAGUUUGUGCGUUUCAGUACCUAUCUGCCUGAUACAAAGGUUUCAGUGUUCUAUGGAGGAGUCAACAAUAAAAUUCACAAAGAAUUGCUGAAGAAUGAAUGUCCUCACAUUGUUGUUGGAACACCUGGUCGGGUCCUUGGACUCGCCAGGGACAAAGAUCUCUCUUUGAAGAAUGUGAGGCACUUUAUUCUCGACGAGUGUGAUAAAAUGCUGGAGUCUCUAGACAUGCGGAGGGAUGUGCAGGAGAUUUUCAAGAUGACACCACACGACAAACAAGUCAUGAUGUUCUCAGCAACGCUCAGCAAAGAGAUACGCCCAGUCUGCAAGAAAUUUAUGCAAGAUCCAAUGGAAAUAUACGUCGAUGAUGAAGCCAAAUUGACUCUUCAUGGGCUUGUCCAGCACUACAUCAAGCUGAGCGAGAUGGAGAAGAACCGCAAGUUGAAUGACCUUCUGGACGCAUUGGACUUCAAUCAAGUUGUCAUAUUUGUGAAGAGUGUUAGCAGAGCUGGGGAGCUGAACAAGUUGCUUAUUGAAUGCAAUUUCCCCUCAAUAUGCAUUCAUUCUGGCAUGUCUCAGGAAGAGAGGCUGACUCACUACAAAAGUUUCAAGGAAGGGCACAAGAGAAUUCUUGUGGCGACAGAUUUGGUAGGGAGAGGCAUUGACAUUGAGCGUGUCAACAUUGUUAUCAAUUACGACAUGCCAGAUUCUGCUGAUACAUAUCUUCACAGGGUCGGGAGAGCUGGUAGGUUUGGAACAAAGGGUCUUGCAAUAACAUUUGUGGCAUCAGCUUCAGACUCAGAAGUUCUUAAUCAGGUGCAAGACAGGUUUGAGGUUGAUAUUAAGGAACUUCCUGAGCAGAUUGAUACUUCCACAUACAUGCCUUCUUAAACUAGCAUCGUCUCUCGGCAAGAACUUCAGUUUACAACAAGCGUCAUGGAGCUUUUGCAACUAUCAUCAUCAUCCUUAAGUUUUUAUUCUAGUCGUUAUCUUUCUAGACAAAUUAUGUCGUGUGUUUGUACUAUAUUUACGAUGUUUAAGUAUCUCAGGAUCAUAUAGUCUUUGAACCAAGAUAUACUGGUAGGCUUUGAAUGAAUGAUCAAGGAAUGCUUAUCAUUUCCAGAAAAAUUUAUCAUUCCCAGGAAUAAAUUUUUCUAUUCAUUUUUUCUUAAUUUCUGUAGAGGAAUAUAGAACAAAUUUAUUUUUUUGUAUGGAACAAUCAAUUUUUAUCGUU